GCUGCUGUGUGAAAAAUAAACCGCUUCAGUCCGUUUCGCCUGAAAGAAGACAAACUUUACAGCUCACUGCGACAGGAAACACUUAUUCUGUGUAGUUUCUGUGACUACGAGCUCGGUGGAUUUACCUGAAGGAGAUUUGAAGCAGCAACGUAGAAGUUUAAGUGCUGUUUAAAGGAGACACACAUGGAUGUCAGGAGAAGGAGGCCCAGUCAUGCUGCCCACCUCAGUCUGCUCAUUUUCUGCAAAUAGUUACAGCAGCCUGCUGAACACCCACUGCAAUGCCCCAGAGGAGGACGAUGAGACCAUGAGCUUAGAGGAGCGAGAAGCCAGCCUGCUCCACAAACUGGGAGACCCCCGCCAACUCUCAGAGCGCAGCACAGUCGGCGACGACACCAUGUUCAGCAGACAAAGAUGGAACAGGGGGCAGGAAGGCUCGCUACCCCCAAACAGCUCCAGCUUCUGCUCAUCCCAGCCACCUCAUAGCCUGUCACCUGGAUACAGCCAGCCGACUCCGUUUCCGAGCCAGGUCAGCUGGCUCCACCAGAGCCUGGACACCAGCUGGUCGGGGUAUCCCACCAGCCUGCCAUCCUGCCUGAGCCACAAAGACGACACAAACACUUGUGAGGAGAGAUGCCUCUCCAGAUACAAGUCUCUGUCCCUCCCCAGCCAGCACAGCACCAACAUGAUCAGCUUGGAGCAGCCGCUGUCUCUGCGCUCCAACCCGCCUUCAGCUGAGCUGUACCACCAUACGUUGUCUUCAUACUCGGGUCCACCUCAGGGGCCUGCGUGUUGUGCUCAGUGUCCUGUUGAUGCCUUCAGCAGGAGGCCUGUGGCUAACAAGCAGCCCUGGACUCAGUAUGGUCCAUCUUAUGGCCCAUACUAUCCAGAAGACUGCAGACUUCCUGCAGCUGCAUUUGGACAGAUUGGUCCCAAUGCUCUGACCAAAGACAGACACCUGGCAUACAGCACACCUCUUUCUCUGGAACAGAGGAGGGUCUUUGUUACUUAUGAAGCAGACAGUGACAAGCAUGUCAACCAGAUCAUCAACUUUGUGGCUCUGCUGCGACACAAUGGCUUCGAUACUCACAUUGACAUUUUCGAGCAGCAGUUCAAAAGUAUAAGCCAGAUUGACUUCAUGGAGCGGUACCUCAGUGAGAAAGAGUAUCUGAUCAUCAUCAUCAUCAGCCCCAAGUACUACGAGACGGUGACAGCCUCCCCGUUUGAGCUGGAGGACGACAGGACCUUCAACACCGUUUACAUCCAUAAGCAGCUUCAGACUGAAUUCAUCCAGAAUGGAAGCAAGAAUUUUCGGUUCAUUCCUAUCUUGUUUCCAGGGGCUAAAAAGUGUCACGUUCCCAACUGGCUUCAAAACACUCACGUCUACUGUUGGCCUCGAGAUCGAGAUGACAUUUUGCGGCGGCUGAUGAGGGUGGAGAAGUAUAUUCCACCUCCAAUUGGUGAACUUCCAACCAUCGUCUCCAUCCCCAUUCUAGAAAACUGACCAGAGGACAGAGACGGGACUGAAAUCUGACGACACUUUCCUGGAACGCUGUCGCUUUCUGCCGAGAUGAACAGGAACAUGGUCACAAUUUUUAAAUUCUUUAAAAAAAAAAUCUGAAUGUAGAAAAGUAUUGGCGCAAAUGCAAGUUGAAGCAGAAGUUUCUCAACUUUUUUUUCUCCUCGAGUUUCAUCAAUACACAUUUGUUUUAAUGGUGCUUUUACACCUUGAAGUUGUUUUAAAAACGGUCAACUGCGUCAAUUAAAUGCACAUUUUACACAUCUGCAUGUUUGAUUAGACUUCAUGUGAUAGAUCCAAAGGUAUAUUUUCAGUUUGACAUUCUCAUCUAGGCCAUAUUCUGUCUUUAUUCAUGAUGUGACUGAGUUUAAACAGUUGCCAUGCUGCUCUUAAUAACAGUUUUUAAAGACGAGCUGUUGUUUCUGUAAGGCCUGGCUGCUUGAGGAGUCCAGGAUACACUUCAAUCCACCUCUUAAAAGAAAAACAUUGGAACAUUUUUUUGUAAUUCUUUUUCCCCCUAAAACAACUGAUCGACAAGACAUUGACUCAGUGGAUUGCUGUCAUUUUAUUUUGGAACUUAAAUGAGCAAAGUAGUUUGAGUUGUUAAAAAUAAGAGGCAAAGUGUCAUUAAACAUCCAAGCA